AAUCAAUCCCCAUUCGCCAUUCUCGCGCUGCUCCCAGCAUUUUACCUCGUCUCUCCUUCUGCUCUUCUUCCUUUUUCCCUUUCUCUCGUGCGCUUCCUGCCCGCUCUUUGGCACCCUCAUUCUCUGCAAGCGCCAGCCCCGGGCGGCCGUCCGUCACAACGUCUCUGCACCGUCCUCCUGCUGCAUACUUCCACUCUCGCACCCUCGCCCUGUCCCGCCUGGGCCACGCUCCCUGCGCUACUGCUGCUUGCCCGAGACUCAGCUCGCUGCAGCCGCCGAGUUGUGCGCGCUCACGCACACGCACGUACGCACCCACGCACGCACUACUCACCCCCCGGGGCGGUCCACCCACGCAGCAAGACCCUUUGCCCGCCAACCCGCCCAAGGCUUUUAAGCGCGAGAGACACAGCCAGAGCGUGCACGGCGACCCCAUUCCUCCUCGCAACCGCCACCACUCCCUCGCCGGCCCGCCUGCGCUUGUACCGCCCGUCGUCGUCGUCUGCCAAAGGGACAGCCCGUCGUUCCCUUGCAAGCAGAGCACCGGUUUGCCUGCGCUUCUCCGUCCACCGCCCGUCCCACUGACCCCUCCCGCGCUUAGAGCUGUGGACUUGCAUCCUGCACGCUUUUUGCCGAAGCGGACCAGACGACGCACGCUGUCGAAUCGAAGCGUUCCUUGCACCAUUCGAAACGUGCCCUUUCUGCGCAGCGGCGCAGAACAAUUCCUGCCUUGGCUUGCCUUCCAAUCCUUUUCCGGGAAACCAAGGCUCACACUUCAUCACGCCGGCCAACGACAGGCCACGCGCGGACAAACGCUUCGCUGACGGCCAAACAACCUUGCAUCGCCACCAUCACGUCUUCCACCGUCAACACGCACGCACAAACAGUUGUUAAGCAACCCCAUUGUUGUUCAGUCCAGAGGACAGGGGACGACGGAGGAGACCGAGCGACUUCUCCCCAACACCGCAACCCGCACCACGGCAUAAAAUCAUCGCCACAUCGCAUAGAAUGACUACAGCAGUCGCUGCGUUGCCAGCGACUGCGCCUCUGGCCCCUCCCGCAACCGUCAUGGAACAGUCGAGCAGUGCCAACAAGUCCUUUGCCAGCAUCGCGGCUUCGACAGCGGGCAACACGUCCACGCCACAGCGAACAGCCAGCUCGAAGAGCACAAACAGCCACAGCCCACCGACGAGACAUGAACCACAGCUUCGUAGGACCACUUCGGACGGCAAACGGUCGCCCCAGUCGGCUAGCAGGUGAGUGCACCACCCUCCGACCUUUAAAAAAAAAGGACCUUGCGCCCACAGCUGCCCAUCAUUUCAAGUGUUGGAAGGAUCGAGUGCGAGUUAAGCCCCUACGUGUGCGUUUUCUUGUUCCAAACCAUGCUCACAGGGUUACGCGUGCGCGGCGGGAAGGUGCGCGAAAAGGCAUACCCGCAAUAGUUCUCUCUGCUUUCUCCUUUGGCACAGUCGUCUCAAAUGCUCCAAUGCUAAUAUGCCCUCUCUCCAGCAACCGCCAGAUCCCCAAGGUCGUCGUCAAGAAAGAGCCCACAUCCCCAGACCUGCCGACGAGCCGGCACCGACCCACCCGGCUCAACCUUGCCUCAUCGAACAUGACCAAUGGCGCCGCAGCCCCUGCUGGCGCCCUCUCGGCACGCCCCUCCGCCGGUCCUCUUACAUCGAGGGACAGCGCCGGCCUGCAUCUGCAUGACAUUGGCGUUGCGUGCUUGUCACCAGGUUUCAACACCCAGGACCCGACGAUGCGUGAGCAGAUGGAGCGUGCGAUGAAUAUUCGCGAGCAACAACGGCGGCUCAUCGAGGAUCGGCAGAAGGGAAAGACGGGCGCUGCCAAUGGCCCCGGUGACAGCGAGAAUGCGUUCGGCCGCCCUACCAAGACACCGGCAACUUCGAGGAGAAAAGGGCCGCCGCCGGGUCUCUCUAUCGCAGCCCCUCCCGCCGAAGCUUUUGCCAACGAGCGGGUUAUCCAGUCAGCCCCGCUGCACGCGUCCUUCCCGCGGCACAACAUGCACGCCUCAAGCCGCGACGGCAUCAACGGCUCCUCCCGUCUCGUGAACAUGCACGCACCCGCCAACCAGACCUCGAACCGCCUUCCUCCAAUCGCGGACGUUUUCCCGGAGGUUCAACAGCAGUCCAGCACAGGCCGCGGUCCACAUUACCAGUCGCCGGGUAGCUCCUCGCAGAACCAACCGCCCCUACCAAGUCCCAGCUAUCCUCCGCACACUGCGCAAUUCCCUCCCACCGGCCUCGUUUCUCGACCCAGGGAACACAAAUCGGCUGAGGAGGCCUUGAAGGAGCUGACAGGAGGUAGGGAGGAUCUUCUUCCACGCCUAGUGCAUUACGGCGGACACCAGCCACCAACGCCCCCAUCACCGAAGAACGUCGGCUUGGGUGUCAGUAAUUCAGGCCCACACACAGACCUACACCGCAGCGGAAGCUCGCGAAGGAGAGACAGAGAUGAGUACGAGCGUGACAACGGAACGCCGCCGCUGGGUCGCGGACCGACGGCCACGAGGAGGAGUGCACCAUUUGGCGAGGGCAGGGAUAGUCCGAGAAGCACUUUGCAGAAGAAAGAGGAGUUUUUGUCGCUUGUGAGUCGGGCAUGGGAUCUUUGGCAUUCGUGAAAAAUUAAAGAAAGGUGGUUCGAUUGGACUUUGAUGCAUGCGAUGAGACGAGACGAGACGAGACAGGACGAUAUAACGGACCAUCUGGACUUGGACGGCGAAUUUCAGAUAUACCCCACCGCUCUACACUUUUCUGUGCCCCAGGCUUAAACGCUGGAUACAACGCUUGACGAACUGUUAUUGUCUCCACGCAAAAGAAGGAGGAAAUGUAAUCCAGGCGCUUGUGAUGCUCGAGGGAAGAUUCGCGAGAAAAGGUCAGUCUUUACGACAGACGAAGAACGAGUGCAGCUACGAAGCGAAACGUGCACGCAGGCAAAAGGGAAGAAAGAUGGACCACGCUCUCGGUCAGCAAAGUUGGGGAAAACAGCUGAGAUGGAAGUACAUCGAGAUUGAGCGGCCCCGCAAAUCUAUCGACGAACUACUUGUACGAGUCAAAAUAACAAGGGAGGGGAUGAACAAGCCAAUGACGAGGACGGCGAGACACACUUCAGCCAGCGACAUGCCCCGUCUUGGACGGGAUAUGUUUAUCUGGCAAGAUCGAGUUUGCAUUCGUCGUUUCGUACGACGAGCAAUGAUCCCACCACUCUUGAGUGGAAAACUCACCGCCCUCUCCCUUACUUUCUGGGCAUUGGGGAGUUUUUUUAUCUACGCGAAUCACGACGUCCUUUUCCCCUUCUGAUAUAUAAGCUUUCCCGUCUCACGGCAGCCGUGUUUGGUUUCCUCUUCGCUUCAUCCUUCUCUAGCUCUCGUUGAUGCACCUGGGGUGUUUUUGUUUUUUGGAACUUUGGGUUCUUUCUGCAUUAAGGCCAGCUUGGAGAAAACGCGAGUACCUAAAUGGGGGAACGAACGGUUGAAUCUUCCGCCCAUAUUAUUUUUCUUGGUCCUUUUUUUUUGGAGGGCACUCUAUAUUUUCGUUCACAUAUACAUGUAUCCACUUGGACGCAUCUGAUGCGUGCGCUGACCGUAGCGGUCUCCUACGGGAGUCCUGUAAUGCGGGGAAAUUCACGGGCAGCUUUGGAAGGGCUUCUCAUGUAGAUGAAAUGCGCAAGGGGUUUUUUUUUGGUUCUUGG